CCUCUCCGAUAUCUCAUCCUCAGGGAGCGUGUGCUUCCCACAAGUCAAGUAACACUCACAAUCCAAUCUCGCUCUAUUAUUUCUCAUCCGCUCUGCAAAGUGCUCAGAGAGGGAGAGAGAAUAAUGGAGUCGGUUCUAAGUCCUGUUGGUUUAGGCUUCUUCUGCCACACCCCAGCUUCAUCCAAGAGAGCAAUUGUGGGUACCCAAUUCAAUUCUUGCUCAUUUGCUGGUGUUCAUGGCGGCACAACUAAACGCACCGUGUUGGUGAAAGCUGAGGGUGCGGGAAUCAACCCAGAUGUCAGGAAGACCGAAGAGAAAGUGGUGGACUCUGUGGUCAUCACUGAACUCUCUAAGCCCCUCACUGCUUAUUGCAGAUGUUGGAGAUCAGGGACGUUCCCUCUGUGUGAUGGAAGCCAUGUAAAGCACAACAAAGCCACAGGGGAUAAUGUUGGUCCCCUUCUGUUGAAGAAGUGAUGUGAAACUGUUGUGAUCUCUUCUGUUGUAUUAGGGGAGAGUAAUAAGGCAGAAUAGUUUUUACUUUUUUAUUAUAUGCAGCAAACUAGUGAAUUUAAUGUCGGAAAUAUAGAAUUGAGCCCAGCGUGAUGUGAAUCCUCUUCCUUGUGGUGGGGGUCUGACUGGUAUUUGCCGAAGCGCCCAGUUUUCUAGAAUUAGUAUCUCCAUUGGUUUUGACCAGAAUUAAGUUGACUUAUUAAAUGAAA